AAGUACCCGGUGGAGGCAUCCCCCAUCCCUUCAAAUGACGACGUGGUGCUCGGGCUGAUUGUGGUGUGCACGGUGGCUGGGAUCUCGGCACUGAUCGUGGCUGCGGGCCUGUGGGUCAGGUUGCAGAAGGAGGUCAGGCUGGCGCAGAAGGUGGACUACUCGGCACAGCGAGCGGCCAGCCCCCUGUCCUACGACAAGAUCUCGAUAAGGCGCCCGCGUCCCUCCUUGCAGGGUGUUUGGCACUGGGGCCAGCCCGGGGACAAGACGCUGGCUCAGAGCGCCCAGAUGUACCACUACCAGCACCAAAAGCAGCAGAUGCUCUCCAUGGAGAAGCAUAAAGAGGAGCCCAAACUGCCAGACUCGGCAUCCUCCGACGAGGAGAAUGAGGACGGAGACUUCACCGUGUACGAGUGCCCUGGGCUGGCUCCGACUGGAGAAAUGGAAGUGAGGAACCCGCUGUUUGAUGACUCCUCCUUACACCCCUCCAACCCCAAGUCGCACCAGUAA